AUGUCGAGUGUUACUUUCAUAUUAAUUAUUCUAAUUAAUAAUAUCCACCAAACAAGUACUAUUAGCCAAUGUGAUCUAUUGAAUGCUAUUGAUAUACAAUCAGCUACCUACAGUCAUUCAUUAAUUUUACGUGUACAACCGAUAUAUUCAUCGGAAACAAGCGAAAAAGCGAUUGCUGUAACUGAAGUUCUAGUGCGUGAAGUAAUCAAACUUUCAAAUAUUAGUUAUCAUAAAAUUAAAAUGAAUGAUAUUAUUCUUGUACGCACCGAUAGUGAUCUCGAAGAAUUACUCGAUGAUUCAUGUUGGUAUUUACUUCGAAUAACGACAAUCGAUAUUAUACUUUUUCAUAAUGAAACAAAUACAAAUGAAUUCGAUUUACGAUAUCCACCAAUGGAAUCAACAUUGUAUGUUCGACAAAAUAUUGAUGCUGUUAUGAAUUAUGACACUUAUUCACCGCAAGUUAUUAUUAAAACUCAAAUUGAUAAACCGAUUGAAUUAAAUAGCUAUUCUCUGCAAUGCAAUGCGCGUGGUAAUCCACUUCCGCACUUAUUAUGGAGUAGAAAUAAUCAAAGAUCAGAUUAUUAUCCAUCAAUGAAAGAUUGUAAAACGCUGUGUCGAAUUUAUUCGAUUCAAAAUGAAUAUGUAUCGAUUUUAUAUUUUCAAGCAUUAACAAGUGCCGAUAGCGGCAUUUAUGUUUGUCAUGCAGAAAAUGCAAUAAACUAUACGAUGACUAGCGUCUAUAUAGACAUCGAUCAGACUAAUACAAUAAAUCGGUCGAAUAUAAAUGUGACUUGUGCCACUUUAAAAUAUUGUCAUCAUCGAGGUCAAUGCAUUGCUGAUGAUCAUCAAUGGAAAUGUUUAUGUGACAAUCAAUUUACUGGUGAACGCUGUGAAAUCAAUUAUGGCGAUAUAAUAAAAAAGCAAAAUAAUACGAUUCAUGUUAUCAAAUAUUGGGUAUUAGUUGGUGGUAUUCUCAUUCUUGGCUUUAUUUUUAUAUUACUUGCUCUUAUCGCUUGCUUUUAUGCAAGACGUAAGAGAAUAAAACGCAACAAUCUUACUGUAUCAAAACGGAUCACUAAUGGAAAGACCCUUAAAAAUGAAUUAAUCGAACACAUCAAUAAAUCGCAAACACAACAAUCAUUAUCAAUGCCUAUUGUUCGUUUAGUAAAUGAUCGUUCUAUAUUAAGAAAACAAUCUGCAUUAAUAGCAUCGGACAAUUAUGAUGACGAAGAUGAUGGUCAUUAUCAACAUGAGAAGAAUUCAAAUGGUUGCUCUAGGUCAAUAGAUGAAGAAUGCAAUGCAUUAAAUAUGAAUAACAUUAGAGAAUCGAGUUUUGAAACAACGACUCAUAAUUUGAUUCUGUCCGAAGGUUAUUUAGAAUCCGAUCGACCCGAUGCUCAAUCCGGUUUAAUAAGACCUUUAAGUAAACGGGCAGAUUCAUCAAAACGCCAUAAAAAAUAUAUUUCGUCUCGAAAUCGACUUCUUGCAUCGCGAUCAACUGAUUAA